UCAAUAAUUGUUUAUUUCUGAAUCAUUUAUAGGAAUUUCUGUUAUAAUAAGCAAUAUGUUACCGUGGCGAAAUUGUAAGAAACACUACUUUUCUAUUGAGGAGAUUCUAGCAUCUCAGGAGAAAGUACCGUGCACGUUUCGAAGAACAGCAAAUAAUCUUGGCAUACUUGACCCAAGUGCUGAAGAUGGAAUAAUACAGAGAGGCGCUGUUGUUGAAAUACCACUCUGGCUAGCCAAGACUUUAUCAAGAACUAACCAUGGUUUAGUGAGAAUGCAACUUCCAAAAAUUUACAAAGAUGUUUAUAGGGACAGUCUUGUGGCGGAUGCCAGUGUUGUGGAUUUGUAUAAAAUGUCGAAAUUCUUUUAUUCAUUUGGAAAACAAUUAUCAGAUUGCGACGAAGCCAAUUCAAAAGAACUUCGCAAUUUACUAACAGAGACUUUUAAAAACAGAUUCCGACAGUUGAUGGCAUGGGUGCAAAAUAUGAGUGUGGAGGAAGUGAUAACCGAAAAGCUGGAUACUCUUGAAAGGAAAUUGUUGGUUGACGGAAGAAACGCCCAGAAUCGACUGAACAAUUGGCUCAGCAACAGGGUAGAGACAAUACAGGCAGCUGACAUGGUUAUGAACCAUAGCAAAAAACGGAAAUUUUCCGAUUUGGACGUGUGAUCAGUUCAGUUUUGGUUGCUUAGGAAAAACUAUCAACAAUGAUUCACCUGCAGUGUAGAAUAUUGAGCCCAAUUAUGCUUUCCAGUAAGUCUAUACUGUAGAGUCAAGGGCCUUAUUUAUGAACAAUUCUUUAACGUAACUUUGAACUUCGCAGAGAACGAAUUUGUUUCCAGCAACCAAUCAUUGACAAGAGAAUCUAAGAUUAUUUGUUCUCGAACCUUCGAAACUCUUCUCUGUGAAUAGUUUUUCAUAUUUAUUGAAAAUGAUUGAUUAAGUAAAGUUUUAAUGAACAAAGUU